AUGGGAGAAGGGGUAGUAGGCGAACCAGAAGAAGAAGUAUUCGAAGACGUUGAGCUAGAUUUGGGAGGGAGAAGGGGAGGGCUUGAAAAGGGAGGGGCAGAGAUCGGAGAGGGGGCAAGAAUCAACAAUGUUAUUUUCGUUGAGGAGGAGGGAGCGAGUCCAGUGAGGGAGGUGUUCGGCGGGGAAGACGCAUUUGACGAGGGAGAGGUGGUCGAUGGCGACGAUGGCAGCGACGAGGGUGCCGGCGGGGGAGAGGAGGGAGAAAAGGGUUUGAGCGAGGUCGUCGAAGUGGCGAUGGUGGAUCUAAGCAUUGGCAAAGGCGGGGUUGUCCAAGCCGAAGAGCUUGGAAUGGGUAGGGAAGGCGAGGGAGAAGAAGUGGCGGGAUUGGUCGGGUGA